AUGGCAAGCCUCCUUACCGUGUUAGUUUCGGAAGUUUACUGCAAGCCAGCUCACGAGCCCCAGCCGUCGGCGCACGCCAUGGCGGCUCGGGCCUACUUCCUGGCGGUCUUUGCCCCCGAGGGCUGGCCAAGCUCCGUGGCGCCCGAGUAUGGCCGCUACCAGCUCUGGGACACCAUCCAGCAGGUGACCUUCUUCGUGAACACCGCAGUGAUGAAGUUCCACGGCGUUGGGGACCCCAACAAGACCCCGGCAGAGGCAACCGCACUGCAAAUGGGAAGGGAUCUCUUGGCGACGGUGAUCGGCAUGGGAGUGGCAACGCCGGCCUUCACGGACCGCUACCGCUCGGCUCCACGGAGCUUUCGGAUGUCCGCGGAGGUGGUGAACGCCGUGGGGCACUUCGUGGAGAUCUUGGCCGCCAUCUUCUCCGGGAUCAUCGCUUUCCUCUACCUGGGACCUGCCCUUUGCCUGGUGGCGGGCACGAUGUCGGGGGCGGUGCGGUCGGUGAUCUUGCAGCACUUCGCCAAGGGAGGCCGCCUGCCUCCAGGACGGGACCCGGACUUCGGCGACAUAUCGCUGAAAGAGAGCAACCAGGACCGUGGCGGCAAGAUUUUUGGCCUCUUCAUUGGCAUGGGCCUUCUGCUCGGGGCCAUUGGCAUCGGCAGCGGUGCAGAGGCCGAGCAAGAAUCACUGGAAGCCAGCUUGCGGUGGUUCGCCGUCCUCUCCGUCGUCCACCUGCUUGGCAACGUCCAGGCCGUGCGGCAGCUUGACAUCGCCCCCGCGGCCGCGCCGCACCCCGCGAUAGCGGGAGAGGCGAAGCCGGGCGGCUUCUUGCGCCAGAUGUUCCUCCCCAAGGGCUUUCCCAGCACCGUGGUGGCGUCCUACAGCCGGUUUCGGGCCUGGGCGCUGCUGCAGGUUCUCAUCGGCUACCCCAAGCAGGUUGUCAUUAACAUGCUCUUUUGGGGCCAAGUCUACGGCGUGGGCAAUGCCCAGAGCUCGCCUGUCACAGCCGUGCUGAUCGACAUCUUCAUGACUACGAUUGACUGCGUCAUGGGUCUUCUCUUGGGCCUUCCUGCUGUGACACAAAGCUUGGACUACAGCAAGAAGCGCUGGUUCAUCUACUCCGGGGUGUUGAGCUCAGAGACCCCAGAGACCCACUAUGUGUUGGGUCGCUGUUCGGAGUUCGUCCAGCUGGCAGCGGCUCUGGCGCCUUCCGGAUGGUUCUUUCCCAUCAUCGUGCUGGCCCGCAGCCUUGCGGCCUUCAGCGGAACGAGCGGCAGCCGAGUGGGAGGCGCCAUCCCACCGGCUCUCAUGAGGAAGGAGAAGGCCGAUCGCAAGGAGAUCGAACUGAUCCACGUGAAUGUGGCCAACGGAAACCAGGACAAGCUGGUGUCCGUCCCUUCCGGCAUCCUUUCCAUUUCCUUCCUCUACUAUUUGGUCUUCUCGGGCUGGCACCCCAGCUUGAGCUGGCAGAUAGCGGCCUACUGCGCUUUGCAGGCGUUGAGCUUCUGCAGCCUGUGUGGUUGCUUCCGCAACCUCCCACCACUGCCAGGGGAGGCCUUGCAAGAGCCCUUGGUGGGGCGCAAAGUUUCAGACGUCGUCUGGGAGGAGCAGAACGACAUGGACUCCGAGGUCCUGAAUUCCUACAGCGGCCCCGCCUCCAACCCGCCUGCACUGGUCCGGUCCCUCAGCAUCGACAUCGUGGGCUCCCCGUUCACCACACGAGUGGAGCCGGGCCCCACGAGUGCCGUGCACAGCCUGAUCACCGGGACCGGCCUGCAGUUUGCAGAAGCCGGCGUGGAGGGCAUCUUCUACGUGACCCUACGCGAUGCGCAGCUCAAUCACAGGGGCACCUCCAUUGGAGAGCCUGUGACACUGGACGACAGCCGGAUGAACUGCGCGGAUCAGGGCCUCGGCGUGUACCGGUGCUCCUACCUGAUCACGGAGGCCCAGACCUUCAACGUGGUCCUGCGGGUGAACGGGCAGCCGGUGAACCCCGUGUCUCCGCACACUUUUCCGCUCGUGAUCAACCCGAAGCCGAUCGACUCCACAGCCGGGGUCAACUACAUCUAUGCCUUCACCACUUUCUUCCCAGAGAUUCGAAAAAGCACAGACAACAGUGUGAUCUUCCAAGUACGAGACGAGUUUGGAAACGAUGUGCCAGAUGAGGGCAACAACUUCAUGAUCUGCGAAGCCGAUGGUCCGGAGCAGCGGACGCCCCCCUUCCGUCCGCCGCUGGACAUUGUGAGGAACGGUGCUGGGCUCUUCCGAGUGAACCUGAAGCUGGACACCACGGGCCUUCACAAGGUCUACUGCUACGCUUUGAACAAGGGGGGCAUCAAUGCCCGGUACUUCAACAACCGCUGGGUGGAGGGCGUCCCGGCCAUCUCACAGGUUGACACGGCCAUCGACUUCAACUGGGGUGAGGGUCUGGUGACUGCGGAAUCCUCCGACUACGCCUCUGCGCAGUUCGACGGAUACCUACAAGUCCUCACGCCUGCGAACUACACCUUCUACAUCACGGCUGACGACGGUGCCAAGAUGUGGAUGGACGACGAGCUGAUUCUGAGCCAAGACGAAGCCGGCCAGUUCCAGACCCGGCCCAUCUUGCUGACCGGGGACAGGCUCUACCACAUCCAGGUGAUGUAUUACGAACGCACGGGCUUUGCUCGAAUGCGCCUGGAGUGGUCCUCGGACCAGGGCCUGGUCCGGGAGGUGAUCGGCAAGGACAGCUGGUUCCACUCCCGGAGCAGGCUGGGGCUCUUUCCCCAGACCGUCCUGGUCUACGACAAGCCAGGACCCGUCGAGGCCUUCUACCACCACGACUUCCAGUACGACGUCAACCAGCUGUCCUGGGUUCCGCCGCAAGACAGCAGUGCCAAGCCCAUCCUGGGAUACCGGCUCUACCGGGACAACGGCAUGGGUGGGGCCAUCGACAACCUGAUGGCCACCACGGAUGAGAACACCUUCUCCUACACGGAUUCGGGGCUCGUGACGGGUCUGGUCUACUACUACAGGCUCAUGGCCGUGAACGGCGAUGAUGGCGAGCCGGUGACCAUCUCCGCGCAGCCCUCCGUGCCCCCAAUCAAGCCGGACCCUGCGUUGCUCAUCAACACGGCCUCGGGCAGCAUGACCUUCCGCUUCACGCCUCUGACGGGCGCCGCCUCUGGUUGGUCUCCCACCAUUCGCUACACGCUCUACCGCAAUGAUGGUCUUGGCGGGGUCCUGCGCUUCACGUACGAGGGAGACAUGGAUGGCACGUCCAUGGUGGAACUGAUGAUCGGUGGCCUCGUGGAGGGAAGGCAGUACUUGUUCCAAACCUCCUACUGGAGCCGCAUCGGGCAGAGUCCCCUCAGCGACGUCACGGCGGUUGUCUGCUGCGAGUUCCGGAAGCCGGGCUCCCCGCCUCUGAACCUCCGGCGCUCAGGAGACCAAAGCAACGAGAAGAUCUCCCUUGCCUGGGAUGCUGUCACCGACAUCGGCACUUCGUCUCUGAUCUAUUACCGUCUCUACAUGGAUGACGGAUACACGGAGAUUUCCAAGAACACCGCCUCAGGCACCACCAUCACGGAGUUCUUUGAGUUUUUGACUCCCGGCAACCCCUACCGCUUUGCCGUCGCAGCUGUGAACGCUGCUGGCGAGGGUCCCAGGAGCGAGAGGAUCACAUUGACGGCCUCGGACGUGGCCGGGCAGCCUUUCGACGUGGAGGCGACGUUUCAGUCUUCCUACCGCAUCGACUUGCAAUGGAAGAAGCCUUUGCUCACGGGUGCCUCGGGCAUGAGUGGUUACAAGGUCUGGGUAGAUGAUGGCAAUGGUGGGGGCAUCAACAACUUGAUCUGGGACGGAGGCACGAAGGCCGCAACUUUGUCGUAUUCCUGGGCCCCAGUCUUCUCGGAUGGAACCGUGGCGCUGCUGGCGGGUCACACCUACCGCUUCCAGGUGCAGAGCGUGAACCCCACAGGCGACGGCGCCAGAUCCAACAUCUUCUCCAUCGUGGCGGCCUCCAAGCCGGAUGCGCCUGGCCGACCGGGUGUGGACAGGGCAGCCACCUCCGCGACGGCCGUUCACAUUUCCUGGGCGGCACCCUACAAUGGAGGCUCACCCAUCCUGGGCUACAUCGUUGAGAGGAAGAGCUCUCCGACGGCGCAGUGGAUCUCCCUGACGGCGGCCUCCGACAGCUACACCUCCACGACCUACGUCGACACCUUUCAGCUGGUGGCCCGGUCCUUUUACAUCUAUCGCGUCUCCGCCUUCAACUUGGUCUCCGUGGGCGAGACCUUCUUCUCCCCCGAGUCCUCGAUCCCCGCCGCUGCAGUGCCCACGGCGCCCACCGUCAGCUUCGUAACGUCGACAGAGACGACGAUCACCGUCGCCUGGGACAUCCCAGCCUCCGACCUCACGGUCACCGGCUUCCGUUUGUACGUCGACAACGUCCUCAAGUACGACGGGGCGGGGGUGAGCACCGUCCGCACCUUCACGCUGGCCGGGUGCACCACAGGCAACAUGCACGACUUCCGUGCGACGGCCAUCAGCGAUGCGGGGGAAUCAGGCUUUUCUGCUUCCCUGCCACGGUUCUGUGCCAGGCGCCCGUACCCUCCGGCACAGCCGACGCUGAAGUCGACGACACUCUCCACCGUAGAAAUCCAAUGGAUGCCUCCUACGAACAACGGUGGCAUGCCCAUCUCUGGCUACAAGGUACAGCGCUCCAACAACGACGUCUACUUCUUCGGCACGGUGCAGUGCGAGCAGCCCGACGGAAGCUUCCUCACGACGCUGCCGGAGGAUUUCGACUCCUGUCUCGAUUCGACGGCCUUCAUCUGUCCCCAGCGACGGUGCAAGUAUCGAGUGCUGGCCAUCAACGGUGUCGAGGACGACAACUUCGCGGACGUGUCGCCCUACCUGGUAGCAACGGCAGCCGAUCUCCCGAAUCCGCCCACCUCGGUGACCCGCGACGACCCCCCAAUCAGCAAGACAGCCAUCGAGGUGCACUGGUCGCCUGUGACGGAUGCAGCGGAGACUGGCGGCGCCCUUGUUAUUGGGUACCGGGUCUAUGCCAACACUGGCAUCGAUGAUGCGCUCGCGAUGGUCUUCGAUGGCUCCGGCAGCCCAUCGAUCAGAUCCUUCAAGCACACUGGGCUGGUGCCGGGCAGGCGCUACUGGUAUCAGGUCACCUCCGUGAGCAGCGUGGGCGAAGGCUCCAGGACCAACAUCUCCACCUUCCUGGCGGCCGAGCCGCCGGCCGCGCCGCUGCAACCGAGGUUCGUCACCGCGGGCUUCGGAUCAAUCACCAUUGGACUGGAUCCCCCGCCUUCAGAUGGAGGUUCUCCUAUCGUCCGCUACGUGAUCUACCGAAACGACGGCACGGUGAAUGGCCUCCUGAGCACGCAAGUCUCUGUUUGUGACAUGUCCCGCACGCAAUUUGAUGUGCCUGACUUGCUUCUGGGCCGGGACUAUCUUAUCCAGGUGCAGGCUCACGCCGACUGCCCUUAUGGUGCAGGGAACUCGCUGCACGAGUACGAUGCGGAUGGCAUUUGCGUGAACGACGGCGAUUGCACCUUGCCGGGAGCUCGGAGUGGCAUUGCGCUCUUCACCACCACCGAUGUACCGGACACCGUGACAUUAGAAAAGGUGGUUCAGGCACGGACGAGUGUGACAUUCCGCUUCGAUCCGCCGCCAGGGGACGGUGGGAGCCCGGUCACCAGCUUCGAACCCUACCGCGACGAUGGCUUGGGAGGUGACUUCGUCCGUGUCGACGUGCUCCCAACGAACUACUUCGAGAUGGACACCGACCUUUCGGAAUCGGGCAACGAGUACAAGUACACGGGAUUGGUGACAGGCCGCAGGUACAACUUCUUCGUUGCCUCCUGCAACAAGCGCGGCUGCCGGAGCGGGGUCAUCUUCGGGCCCCUCACUGCAGCAGCCGCUCCAGACCAGCCCGAGCCGCCGCUGGCCACCGCCACCUCCGCCGUGCCGCCUAUGAUCAACCUUACGUGGACACCGCCAGACAACGGUGGCAUGCCUAUCCUGAAGACGGAGAUCCAGCGCGACGAUGGCCAGGACGGAGUCUUCUCCCUGCUCGCAGAGGUGGAUGCGCCGGACUUGACGUACUCGGACACCUCGGUCACAGCCGGUUUGACCUACCGCUACCGGAUCCGCAUGCACCACGAGCAGUCGGCCAGUGACUUCAGCAACCUCGCAACCUUCGUGGCAGCAGGCUUGCCAGACCAACCGGCAGCCGUGACGCUGGUGUCGCAGUCGAAAUCUGAGAUCACCGUGUCGUGGACAACGCCAGCAGCGAAUGGGGCAGACGUUUACCAGUUCAUCCUGAGAAGGGACGAUGGGCUUGGCUCUACGCUUACGCCCAUCUACCGUGGUGCUGCGACGAUCUUCACGAGUGCAGACCUGGCGACGGGACGCUACUACUCCUUCUCCAUCGCUGCUCGCAACGCCGCCGGAGAGGGGCCAGCCAGCCAGGUUCAGCGGUUCCUGUCCGCCUCUAUGCCAAGCCCCGUGGGCCAGCCCGCGCUCCAGACCUCCUCGUGCACCGGUGGUUCCAUUAGCUUCAAAUGGUCUGUUCCAGAGGACGAUGGCGGCUGUCCAGUGAUUCGGUACCGCAUCCUUCGUGAUGGGGCAGCCACCGGAACAGAGGUGUCGUCCACCACCGUCACCUACUUCACAGCAGGAACUGCCUGGACAUCUGGGGUCGCCGGCCGAGCGAACUUCGGGAAAGGAUGGCCUCUGGAGAGGGGCGACGACGCGCUUCCGGUGAAGGUGGCAGAUUCAGGUCUCAAGGUGCGCACGACGAAGUCCGCUUCCGUGUCACCGGGCGAGGCGAUGCAGAUGCUCCGUGCAGGAAACCAGCGCUUUGUGAAGGGCACACCCCAGGCAACCACUACAAGCGACGGCCAGCGAAUGGAGCUUGUGGAUGAUGGCCAAGCACCGCACACGGCCGUUGUGGGCUGCGCAGAUUCCCGUGCCCCCGUGGAAGUGAUCUUUGACGCGCUGCCUGGCGACAUCUUCGUCCUCCGAAACGCUGGCAACACCUGUACCCAUGCUGAAGGCAGCAUGAUCGGGAGCCUGGAGUUCUGCACAGGCAAACUGGGGGCACGGCUUGUGAUGGUCCUUGGCCACACCAAGUGCGGAGCCAUCUACGGCGCCACGAAGGCGCACUUUGCCCGCAAGAAGCAGGCUGCAGAGUCCCAGAGUGCACUGGAGGGCUUGCUGGAAGGUUUGGGUGAAGUGGCAGAGCAGGCAGAGUACGACAUGGGUCCCAUGGCGGACGAGGACUUCGUGGCAGCCCACGCAGUGAAGGUGAACGUUUUCCACACCAUGAACUUCCUGCUGCAGUACUCCCGGGGUCUCCGCGAGGCGGUGAAGGCCGGGCUGGUUGAGAUCCAGGGCGGCGUCUACGACUUGGCGACGGGUUUGGUGCAGUUCCUGGGCCGAUCCCCCAAACAAGCCGAGCUCUUGAGCGAGGCUUCGGCGGCCCUGCCCCCCUCAAUGCUCGGGAUCAGCAGGGCAGGUGCGGCCAAGCGUGGCAUCCACGGCGUGCGCACCGGCGACGACACCUCCGUGCCGCCGGAGAAGGCGCUGGAGAUGCUCAAGGACGGCAACGAUCGAUUCGUCGCAGGCACACCCGCCAGCGUGGCAGCGAGCGCGAAGAUGAAAACGGCCCUGGUGAAGUCAGGGCAGGCGCCGCACACUGCCACUCGCUCAGGUUUGGUCGCUGUCUGUUUUCCCUGCUUUCAUGUCACACACUUGGUAACUCAGGCCAUCAUUGGCUGUGCUGACUCCCGGGCACCCAUCGAGACAGUCUUCGACGCCAUGCCAGGUGAGAUAUUCGUUCUCCGCAAUGCGGGCAACACUUGCACUCACGCCGAAGGUUCCAUGGUUGGCAGCUUGGAGUUCUGCACUGGCAAGCUGGGCUCUCGACUGGUCAUGGUGCUCGGGCACACGAAGUGCGGCGCCAUUGUCGGUGCCACGCAGACCUACCUUGCGAUGAAGGAUGGCAAAGGCGAGAAGGGAUCUCCAGGCAGCGCCUUGGAAGGGCUCUUGACCGACCUCGCCGGUGUGGCGGAAAAGGCGUCGACAAAACUGGGGAAGGGUGCCUCCGUGGAGGAGAUCGCUGCCUAUGCCGUGAAGGUGAAUGUCUUCCAAACCAUGGACUUCCUUCUGAAGUUCAGUCAGCCACUUCGUGAUGCAGUGAGCAGCGGGAAAGUUGAUCUGCAAGGAGGCAUCUACGACCUGGAGACUGGCAAGGUGGAGUUCUUGGGCCGAUCUCCGCAACACGGAGCUCUCCUUGCGAGCUCCAAGUCCUCGUUGCCUCCCUCCAUGGACUUGGCUUUGGGCGGUGCAUUCGUGCGGACGCCGCAGGACCCACCGAUGGCCCCUGAGGCAGCGCUCAAGAUCAUGAAGGAGGGCAACGAGCGCUUCGCCCACGGCAACACCUUGGCCGGCAAGUUUGACGGGCAGAUGAGAAAGGCACUGGCGACCAUUGGCCAAGCCCCGCACACGGCCAUCGUGGGCUGCGCGGACUCGCGUGUGCCGCUGGAGCUGGUUUUCGAUGUGCUGCCGGGCGAUGUCUUCGUCAUGCGAAAUGCAGGAAACACGGUGACCCAAGCGAGGGGAAGCAUCGUUGGUAGCCUGGAGUUCUGCACAGCCGCGCUGAAGACGCGACUCGUGCUCGUGCUGGGGCACACCGCCUGUGGUGCUAUCAAAGGUGCCACGGCCACUUACCUGAAGGGAGGUGGAGCCGCACAGGGCAAAGCCCAAGGAGCCCUGGAGGGUCUCCUGGCUGGUCUAUCCGCCGUGGCAGAGACCGCACACAAGGAGCUGGGUAGCAAAGCCUCGGAGAAGGAGAUCGCAGGUCAUGCGGUGAAGGUGAAUGUCUUCAACACCAUCAACAACCUAAUCAAGGGAAGCACCGACAUCCGCGACAAGGUGAAGUCCGGCCAAGUGGAGAUCCAGGGAGGCAUCUACGACCUCGACUCCGGUCGCGUCCAGUGGCUCGGACGCAGCCCCGAGCAGGGCAAGCUCCUCUCCAGCUGA